CUUCAGCAGAAAUGCCACAGAAGAGAACGAAACGGGACCUAUAGUCACGUGAUAGUGUGAAUGAGUUGAGGAUUGAGUACCAGAGUGCAGCACCGCUGCACUAAUCAAUAACAAAAAGCCGGCAACUCAGGCUUUCUGUCACAUCGUUGUUGCUACAAACGUCGCGCAUUGUUGAAGUCUGUAAUUGAAUGUUGCUACCGAUUCCGAAAGUAAGGCAGGAAUGUGUAAUUUUCAUGGUGAAAUAAAGUGAAGGACGGUUGAAAAAGCUUUUUCUUGAAACGUAGAGAAGUCAUUGAAUAAGUUUUUGGUUCAAACUAUUUCCUAGAAAAUAUCUAUCAGAAAAGUGCUUUCCAUUUCGUUUGCUUUUAAAACACUUGCCCCAUGUAUUUGCAACAUUUACCCAGUAGAUCUUUGGGGCUGAACCGUUUGCCCCUAUGGCCAUUGGUAACUCUGUAAGUUGAGUCAGCAGGAGAAAAUCAAUCCAGUAGUGCAUAGGCAUUCGUAGAUCUCUGCGUUCCGCGGGAUCAACACGCUUGCCCGGGGGAAGGUGUGACUGUCACUAUUUAUAGGGUUGUCAAAUUAUGCAUUUGGGUUUCAGGUACCAGUAGAUAAUGCAUGCACGUUAAAGCACGUAACAAUCUUUUCACCUGUAUUUUUGUUAACUCUUAUUAAGCGAUUUCACCUUCGUUGAUUUAUCAUAAAUGUUUUUUCUUUUUCUUUUCACUCUUAACAUUAAUAUGAAAUGAAAUUCAUGUAUUAAGGACAUACAUAACUUGCUUUUGACAGUUCAUCAACAUGAAGCCACUCUCUUGUGAUACCUUUGUAGUACUACCACCCCUCACAUCUCAUGGGGGUGUAAUUUUUGGUAAAAAUUCUGACCGACCAUCUGGCGAAGUUCAGGAGCUUAUUUAUGAGCCUGCUAAAACAUUUGAAGAAAAUGACAAAUUGCAGUGCACCUAUAUUGAAAUUGACCAGCAUCCUUCUACCCAUGCUGUAAUUUUAAGCAAGCCAUCAUGGAUGUGGGGUGCUGAAAUGGGAGCAAAUGAUCAAGGUGUAGUGGUAGGCAAUGAAGCAGUUUGGACGCAGAUGGGCAGUGCUCAGGACAAUGAAGAACGCUUAUUAGGAAUGGAUCUUGUGCGUUUGGCUUUAGAGAGAGCUAAGAGUGCUGAAGAGGCAGUUGAUGUGAUCGGUAGCCUCUUAGAGCAGUUUGGGCAAGGGGGGCCCUGCUCAGAUACUGUCCCAGAUUUCACAUACCACAAUUCAUUUCUUAUUGCUGACCCUCAGGAAGCUUGGGUUUUGGAAACAGCUGGAAGACUAUGGGUUGCAGAACGAGUUGCAGAUGGGUGCCGCAAUAUUUCUAAUGUAUUAUCUAUUGGUUCAAAAUUUGACAAAUGUUCUUCCACUCUGAAAGAAGAAGCGCAAAAAAGUGGUUUAUGGGAUGGGGAGGAAGAAUUCAAUUUUGCCAAAGUUUUUGGAGAACCAAACUCAUCUGCCACACUUCGCCAGCAAUUUGGAAAUAAACUUUUGGAAGAAUUAUCUGAGGGAAAUGCAUUUAGUGGUUCCAGCAUGUUCAGUGUUCUGAGGAAUGAAGAAAGUGGUAUAUGUCGUAAGUCAGAUGAUGGUUUUCCAACAACUGGCAGUCAGGUGUCUGUCCUUGCACCAGCAGGAAGCGGAAAGCCACACUGCCAUUGGUUCACAGCAACUCCAAACCCCAAGAAAUCUGUAUUUAAGCCAUUUAUUUUUACUCCAAAUGCUCGUAUAUCUCAGCAUACUGUUAGCCCAAAAUAUGACCCUGAUCCAGCCAAAGUCUUACCACGAUUCCAAUCCAAAGUGGAUCGAGCUCAUAAUCUUUACAAGCUGCAUGCUGCUGCUACAUCUAAAGAAGAUUCAAAUGUUAUAGCUCUUUUGCAAGAGAUGGAAUUGAAUUGUGUGGCUGAAGUUGAAACUUUUCUAGCAGAUUUCAAACCAGAACAAAAUCUUGCCGAAGUGGAUGACCUGCUCAAAGAUAUAGUGGAGACAGAAGUCAAGUUUUAUAAGUAGACUUGUUUGGCCAUUUGGCUCUGUUUGUCUUUUCUGGCUUCUUGAUCAGCUGACAAGCUGACUGGGAGGGGAGCAAGACCGCAGUCGAGGUGGUUCAAGUUAUGGUGACCAUUAUGUCUGGUGAUCAGCUCAGAGCAAGUCAUGAGUUGCUUUUAUUAAACCAACAAUUCAUUAUUAUGCAAGGUGUUAGUACACUUCUGUGAGAUUUGGGUAGAAUUACCAGCGCCAAGGAAGAAAGUGUGAAGCUGUUUGUAUUUUGACUGUACAGCUUGCCUUCUGCUCCCUCUGUCUGGCGAAAGAAGGAUGUCAAAGAGGAGAAAAUUAGUGUUCUUGUUAAACUUCUUGUGUCAAAGAGUAUUUGUAGCAAUUUACUUCUUGCGACCCAUAAUUUAUGUUCCUAAGUGUGUGUAAUGUGAAGUAAGUAGUUGAUGUUUAUGGGUGGAAUAAUAUGUUCAUGAACAUUUGUAUUAUUAAAAUUCUACCUAGUGAGAUUGUUUUGAAGGAUAUUUAAUGUGAGAUUCUUUUAAAUGAUAUUUAAUGUGAAAUGUUCAACUGAUUCAGAAGGUAGUCGAUAGAUUUGAAGGUAUUCUUCAACAUUUAAAUUUUAUUAACCCAUCUUUUGAGAUAUUCAUCAGGCAACUUAAAGAACAUUCUCCCCUCCUGGCUCGGCACAUUUCUUCACCGGAUCAACAGAAUCCCUUCAUCUAGAGCAUGAAAUGCUUUUAUUGUAGUUAAAUGUACUUCUGAGAACAUAAUAUUUGGGUCCCUUUACAAAUGUUUAAUUCAGUUGAUGAAUUAGACAAUUCAGAUACACUACUCAAAAUACUCAAGUUUUGUGCCUGUGGUCUUUGGAGUCAACUAUUCUCUUGGUUAAAAAUGUUUAUCUUAGAGACUCCUAUAGCAUAUUUAGUAUGCCUACUGUGGUGCAUGAUAGACAUGUGGCCUACUCUACAUUGUUUUCAUAAAUUAAUUAGAAUAGAAACACCUCUAAAGGAAAUCCUAGAUUAUCCUAUGUGUAAAGGAAUUGAUGCUGCUUUCCAUUUCUUUUUUGAAUAUAAUUUUUGUGCUUGUAGUCUUUUGGCCUAUUUCUAAGUGGAUGAGUUGUUAACUCUUCCCACUGUUGCUAGUGGUUGAGAUAAUUAUUGCAUAUGAACUUCUGACUUGUACAUUAACAGCUGGGUCAAAAUUGCAAUGUGGGUAAAAAAAGAUUUGCUUGACAUGAAUAAAGUUUAUGAAUAAAUAUUUUGUACCU